GCCGCCAUCUUGCGUCUCGCCGUGAGGCCGGAGCCGUCACCGGCGUCGGCAUAAUGUUUUUAACAACAGUAUUACUCCGAAAGAGAAUUCCUGGAAAACAAUGGAUUGGAAAAUACAGGCGACCAAGAGUGGUUACCCUUUCAAUGAAGCAAGCAAUGAUCCGAAGGCUGGAAAUUGAAGCAGAGAAUGAAUAUUGGCUGAGUCGACCUUACCUGACAUGGGAACAGGAGUACAAACAUAAUGCAGAAGAGAGACGUGCAAAAUGGGAAGCUUUCAAAAGCCUGACGAAAGCCAAGUUUCCUGAGCAUAGAUAUAUUGACGAUCAUUUAAACCACUUAAAUGUUUCGAAGAAGUGGACAUCUUGAAUAAUACAGCGUAUUUAUAUUUGGCAUGUAUUAUGCACUACUGUGCGAUCUGCUAUUGUACCUAUUAUUGUAGUUCUGUAAUUCAGUAUAAGGGUAGAUGACAACUAAGACUUUGCUAUGGUAUACAAAAUCUUACAUUAAAAGUAGUCCUACAGAACAAUGUACGUUUUCUUGUCUCUUUAGAAAAAGACAGUUCUCUCUGUGGCUCUCUGCUAUCUGCCUGCCUUCUGUUCUUCAGGGGUUUUGCAUAACACAGUGUGAGUUACCAAGUGCAAUGAUGAUGAUUCGAACUAGAUUUAUAGCUUCACUAAUUUCCUUUUGAAAGCUAUGAGAGAACACACCUGCUCUUUUGAAAGGGAUUAUCUGCUGGUACUGACCAGAUGGCUCUUGCUGGUCACUCUCCCUUCUGAAGGGAUACUUCUUGAGACGCAACUGACGCUGCUUACAUAGUGCUCACUUUAUCAGGCAUGCAAGGACCAAGAUGAACUAGAAUUAAAGUUAGGUGUAUGAGGCUGGAACUCACGGAAGAUUGUAAAAUGUUUGGUUUUUUAAACUUUCUGGAAAGAAUUCUUGAAUUUAAAUGCCAGUCUCAUUGUCAUGUCAGUGUCAACUUGGGUGUUAACUGCUCUCUUACAGAGAUUAUUUCUGAUCUAAAAGGAAUGCAGCUGAUUCCUGUUUUGAGUGGCAAUCUGAUUUCUAAGUCAUGUUUAGUGUCCUGAAGGAACACAGUCAGCCACAAGUCAG